AUGAUUGAUGAUCAAGAAACGAACGAAUUGCAAAACCAACUUUUUGAGACUAAAAAUAAAAUGAAACAGGAAGUGGACCGUUUUCAUAAAUCCGAACAACUUCUUUCUGAAGAUGGAAAUUCACUGCUUCAAGCAAAUGAUACCUAUAAACAAUAUGGAGACAAACUCUCAAGCAACUUCCAAAAAUUCCUAACUAUUAAAAAGAAAUCUGAACAAGAAACUCUUUUCUUAUGGUACUCAUUUUAUUUCCUUGUAAUUGUUUCACUAUACAUAAUUCUUCGUAGAAUAGGAAUCAUCUAUAUUCUAAUCCAAAAACCUAUUAUUCUCAUAUUUAGAACCAUCAAAUAUAUUUUUACAUUCUUCCUAAUUAAAAACUCAGAUGGUUCCAUAAAAUCUGAACUAUGA